AUGCCCCAAUUAGGAAAAGCACAUCACAUCUUCCCAAUGAUCGCCGAUGCCCCGCUUGUCGAACAGCCAUACCUACACUUCACUACACCCGCGAAAGACAUCGUGUGCCGCUGUAAUCGUCCGCGGCGUCAUGAGCGCUGGUAUCCAGUGACCGAGUACGAACCCGUUGUUGAGGCGCUGGCGCUACAGCAUAUGGAAGAUGCCGGAAGCGAGACGUGUACCAAAGCAGAAUGGCGAGCCGUAUUGAAGCGCAACGAGCCGCGCCCUACGAAGAAGCAGCUUUUCGGACCCGAGCUGCAUUACACGAACGAAGCCAAGGAUAUGGUGUGUCGCUGCGCUGACCCGACGCGCCAUCUUGGACGGACCGCACGGGUCAGGAACGACGAGAUUCGCAUUCUUGCAACACAGUUCUUCGCUCGAAAUCCGACCAAGCCAAGGUGCGCAAAGGAGGAAUGGAGAACUCUUCGAGAUCACAUCGGCCGAAAAGAAGCAAUGAAGGCCGCAUCCGCGCCGGUUCAACACCCAGCCUCGCAUAAUGUCACAUCCUCGCUGGAAAGAGGAUGGUCGACUUUGGACACGCGACGCUGGGGAAGCAUGCAACCCACGAACGUAUUGGCUAGUGGCAAGGAGUGGUCGAAAGUAUUGUCUGAGCUGGCAGAUGACCAGCCUCAAGUGCCGGACUGGAUGAUGGAAGCACGCCAUUUGUCGAGUCUGGAUCCAAAUAAGAUUAUUACGGACCAGCCGCCUCCCUCAGGCCCAGUAUAUUCUACAAGCCUGACCGAGCUGCAGCAGAAAUAUGGCCGUCACAGCAUAAUCCUCGGCAAUGCCAGGGCGGACACAGAUGACGAAGACGACGUCGAAAAUGCCGACCACUGUGCGUCUAUGCGCCCUGUCAGCCUGAGAAAGCCUCCCAGUGCUGUGCAUGUGUCCGAAGAGGAACACCAGGAAGGUAGUGAGGCUUUCCUCUUGGGGAAUACAUGGGUGCAAAGCAAAGAAUUGGAGUCCCAGGAAGACUACGACGACUAUCCAGAAGUGCCCAGCAUAAGCUCACUAGAGGAAGACAUCUCAGAUAUUCCAGGACAAAUGGACCGACUAUCGUUCAAUCCUUGGGGUCCACAAUGUGAGGGUACCGCGCGGUCGGCUCGAGGGGCGCAAACACUGCCUGUCAUGGCAACAGUCCUGGAGGAUGAUGAAGAGCCGGAGGUUCGGAUGCCAGGCUCAUACCCUCUGAAGCUUCCUGAUGAUUGCGGUCACGCUUCAGAAUUCAUCGCUGAGAUGCCAGCUUUACCGGCAGUCCAAAUUGAGUCAUCCGAAGAUAUCAAAGGUGCGAGGUCGAAGCGUGAGUAUCGAUACUCAAUCCGAGUAGAGAAGAAACCCGCGUCGCGCAUUCCAGUCCCGGCUGAGAAGCCUAAGAGGAUGUCGGCUUUGUACGACGUUUCGGCGCCGUCCCGAGCUACACCACUACCUUCGCAACAAGCUUUCUUGCAGAACGGCGUUACAGUAUCCUCGCAGCUCCAUUGUGUACCACCCGCAGGGACAUGCAAGAUCUGUAAAGUCCCCUUGCACUUGCAACAGAACAAAGAGAAUGUCCAAGUUGCCUGCGGCCACUUCAUCCACAAAGAAUGUUUGCUCGAGCAUUUCCGCUGUCAAGAUCAAGAGCUUGGCUCUUGUCCUACUUGUGAUAGCGUUCUGUGCGAGCGAACGCUGGCUGAUCGUAUAGAUACCGAUAGAGAGGCACUUUUCGGGCAGCAAUUCACGCCGCUUCCUCAAGAGGCGGUCGUCGACUCUCCCGAGCUGGGUGAAGUUGUGUACUGUGUCACAGAGGAGGAACUAGCAAUGACUCAGCUCCGCAUCCUGAAAGCACACCUCGACAGUUGUAUGGAGGACGUAUGGAGUUGGUAUCAGAGCGGUGGCGGCGAGCUUGACUGGUAUUCAAUGGUGCGAGCGGCCCUGGAGAGGUUUCGAGAGGAUGGCCUGCCGGUACGUCAGUGCCGGUACCUUUCCAAUCAUGACGCAUUCCUGAAAUUUGUGCUGUGGGCUGAGCUGGUUCGGCUGAUGAACAACAUUCGCAUCGCAGUGAGGCGGCUCGACGGCCCCGACUCUCCUUUUCCGUCUCUACGCGUAUUGCACAAGAAGUUUCUCAUGGCGAGAGACAGGUUUACUCAGGAGGGGGUGAAAUGGCCUAGGGGCCGCCAAGGUGUCGCUUAUUGCGAACGUGUUGCGAAGGAUGCGUACGAUAUCGCGAUGAAAACACUCCAGAGUGGUUGGUAG